AUCAAAGAUGGCUAAACAAAAGGGUCUUUUAGGGCUCCAAAUUUGCAGGUGACAAACAAAUUGAUAACAGAAAGAAAAUAAAAUAGAGAUAGAGAGAAUCAACCAAGGUGUCAGACUCUGAGCUCUUCUUUACCUCUGAAAAUUCAUCAGUCAAUUCAUCCAAAAUCCGCCAUUGUUGUCUAACACCCAACAAUGGGGAGCUCAUACUUUUUACACUCUCCUCUUCACCCUUUUCUAUCUCCUCCUCCUUCUUCCUCUUCAUCCAUUUCUCUCUCUUCUCGUCCUCUCUUCCUCUACCUUCGAAAUGCAGAGGGUCAAAAGAGGAGUGGAAGAAAUUGCAGAGUUCCAAUGGCUUCUUUGAAUCAACGAUUGACUCAACAAGACAUUGAUUCGUGCAAAAGGAGAGCUUUGCUGCUUCUGGGAAUUUCUGUUUUCCCUCUUCUGCCUUGGAAAAAUGAUGCGUUUGCCUCUGAAGGUGAAGAAAGAAGCGGAAAAGAAAAUCAAGACAAUGAGCAAAUACGUCAAAGAAAUCAAUCAUCGAAUCCUUUUAUAUCUCUAUUAAACGCAAUAGGACUCCUAGGUUCAGGUGUGCUUGCUGCACUCUAUUCUUUGGCUAGAAAGGACAAGGCAGCAUCAGAAGCGACAAUAGCAUCUCUCAACUACCAACUGAAGGAAAAGGAUGCUGCCAUUGUUUCCUUGGAGAAGAAUUUUGAGUCAAAAUUAUCAAACCAACAGGAAGAACAUAAUAAUCUACUCAACAAAGCAAAGGAAGAAAAGUUAUCUUUGGUAAAUCGUUUAGAAUCAGCAAACAACACAGUUACUGGUCUAGGUCGAGAGCUACAAGGUGAAAAACAGAAAAUUGAGCAACUGCAACUCGAUAUUGAAGAUCUGGGUGUGAAACUUGAAAAGACUGGAAAAGAAAAAGACUCACUUGUAGAGAAAGUGAAGGAGAAGGAUAACUCAGUUGCAGUUUUGCAAGAAAGAGUAAACUUACUGAGUUCAGAAGUAAAGGAGAAAGAAGAAACUAUACAAGAUCUGAACUCUUCCCUUGUACAGAAGGAUUCUGAUUUAGUAACGUUAAACUCUUCCUAUAAUCAAACUAGGGAUGAGGUUAAUGAUCUUAAAUCACAGAUUACGACUUUGAAUGAAGAGCUGUUGAAGUACAGAAAUGAACUAGAGGAGAAGAAUUCGAUGUUGGAUGGUUUGAAUGUCAGUGUUGAUUCUUUGACAAUUGAGCGCGAUAAUUUGAAACUGAAGCUCAAUACGCUUGAGUCUGAGUAUGAUGAUCUGAGAUCAUCAUCUGAGAAAAAGGAAGAUGACGAUAGGAAACUUCUGGAAGAAAGAGAGAGCGAACUGAAAAAACUGAAAGAAGUGUAUGAGUUGCUUGUGAAUGAAGCUAGUGUGAAGCAGGGUUUGAUAUCUGAUCUGACACAAGAUAAAGACAACUUACAGAAAAUGCUUGAUUUAGAACACAAAACUGUGCAAGGUUUAAACCAGGAACUUCAAAUGACAAAAGAAGCUCUUGAAUCAUCAAAAGAGGAAGCAUUUGAUCUGAAUAUGCAAUUAAAAGAGUCAAGAAAGUUGUCUUCAGAGCUGGAUUCUGAACUCUCGAAAGUUCAGGCAGAGUUUUCAAUGGCAAAAGAGUCAUUUCAGAAAAGGCUAAAUGAGGCAACUUUACAUUCAGAAACACUUUCUGGGGAACUGAGUUUGGUGAAGGAAGCUCUGAAUAGAACUAAAAGGGAGCUUGAAAUUGUGUCCAAGGAUUUGACAGCUUCAUCCCAGAAUUCUGACAGCUUACAGAAGGAAUUGGUUGAAGUUUAUAAAAAAGCUGAAACUGCAAUUAAUGAUUUGCAAGAAGAAAAGAAGAUGGUUGUUUCUUUAAACAAUGAAGUACAGACUUUAGAAAACCAAAUAAUGAAGGAUAAAGAGGCAAAAAAAUCCCUUGAAACCAAUCUCAAUGAAGCUACUAAAUCACUUGAUGAAAUGAAUCAACAAGCAUUGAUGUUUUCUAAAGAUCUUGAGGUGUAUAACUCCAGAAUUACCAGUCUUGAAGAAGAGAGAGAUUUCCUCAAUAAUUCUCUUGAAAAGGAAAAGAAAGUCGCACAAGAAGCUCAAGAAAACAUUGAAGAUGCACAGAGUGUUAUUAUGAGGCUUGGUAAUGAAAGAGAGAAUUUGCAGAAAAAAGCCAGAAAACUAGAAGAGGAUUUAGCUUCUGCAAAGGGUGAAAUUUUGAGGUUGAGAGCUGAAGUUAACUCCUCAAAAACUGCAGCUAAAAGUAAACCUAAGCAACAAAGAGAGGUUGCUGUUAAUAACAGUAAAUCCGAGGAAGAAGGUGAAUCUCAGAAAACAGUUGUUAGUAACAGUAAAUCUGAGGAAGAAGCCGAGCCUGCUACUUCUGCACCUGCAAAGAAAACUACCAGGAGGAAAAAAGCAAGUACCACAUGAGCUUGGAUGAGUUCUAAUAAUUGAUUUUUUUUCUCGAACAUUAUUGUUUACUCGAGCCUGUAAUUUAUUCGGCUUCUGUAACUUUCAUGUAAUACUUUCUGAUGCCAUUGCCAUGUAAAGGUGAGUUACUAGAUUUCUGAUGUAUGUAAAUCCUUUUUAUCAAGAUCAACAGGCACUCUCUCUUCAUGGGGUUUGUGUAUCAUGACAUUGAAACUUGGGUUAUUAAUCUCUUGUAUUCUUUCUUUGCCUCAAA